AUGGCAGGACGUGCACUAGCCGAUAGCAAUCUCCUGCUGGACCAUUUUGGCAGUCCGCAUGGUGCACACGGCGGCCUGGCGAUUCACGAGAUCGCGCAGCAGCAGCUCGUCGACACGACGUGCAGGACAGAGAGGGUGUGCCCGCUGGUUGGGCAAUGGCGUGUGUGGGCGACUCGAUUGGCAGCACAGAGCCUCGAGCGUUGCAAGCCUCAGGCGUUACACCUCUGGCACGCCUCGCACGCUCACCCACCCGCGCCAGAGCAUCGCACACGCCAGGCACAGCUGCAUCGCCCGUCCGAUGAGGCGAGAGAGCCGGCUGCGUUGAGCGGGCAACAAAUUGUCACCAGCCAGGGGACGGCGUGCCCUGCGAUCGCCCUCCUUUCAUCUGGACUACGCCCUGUGGGGACUAUGGCGCCGCAGCCGUGGACGGACCCUGACUGGCCGUCACCGCCUCUGUCGACCCGUUCGUUCUGCGCUGGCAGGCCGUCGAAGAUCAUGCCAGACCCUUCUUCCAAACCUUCCCUCUCCAUGGCCUCGGUCAGGUUUGUACCACCGCGCUGUGCCCUUGGCGCAACCCUGAAGCACGCAAUUCCGGACAUGCGAACGCUUCUGACCGACGGCGACAGCACGGGAGGCCACAUCACCUUACCAGGCCUCCGUCGCAGGUCUGCACCCCGACUCGAACCCUUCCAAUGGCGCAAACCCAGCCUGUGUCACGCCAGCCGCCAUUCGCGCUCCACACUUUUCUGCUGUGACACUCGUAGCGCCCGCGUAUGA